AUGCUGGAAAAGUACAUCGCGGCACUGUUGGUGCCGUACUUGUCUAAAUACGUUGAGAACAUCAACGAGGACAAGCUCAAGGUCAACAUAUGGAGUGGGAAGGCGACGCUGAAUGACCUCGUGCUCCGCCCGGAGGCGCUGGAUGCGCUGCUGAACUCCGCGGCCGACGAGAGCGACGGCUGCAGCUGUGAAGCGUCCGGCGACGCCGCGACGUCGCCAAAGUCGAAGCCAAAGAAGCCUCUGCUGCCCAUCAAGACAUACCGUGGCAUCUGCAAGAAUGUCUCUCUCUCGAUCCCUAUCAAGCACCUUCGCUCCGAGCCCGUUGUGCUGGAGGUGGGGGAGGUUUUGGUAACUCUAAAGGGUGCGCAUGCCGGUAGCACUGAUGGAAUCGGUGCGGCGAUGGUGGGCAGCAGCAGCGGCAGCGUCAAGCGGAACGUGAAGGCGGAUAAAUGGGCUGCAGCGGCUGCAGCAAAGGAAAAGGAGCUCGACGCCUUUGAGGCGGAGCGCAAGCGCCAGCGUGAGCAGGCGGAGCAGCAGCGAACAGCAACGCUGCCCACCUCCGGCAGCGAUGCGGCAGCACAGACAGGAAGAGGAGGCUUCUUUUCUCGACUCGGCGAGCUGGUGGUGAAUAACAUUAUCGUCAAGGUGGGUACCGUGCACAUCCGCUACGAGGAGGAGUCGACGGAGACAGUGCUGGGUGCGGUUCUAGGCGGCGUGCAGUUGCUGACAAUGAAUGAGUGCACGGCACAACCUAUGUUCACCGACCCCUGCGGGCUGCAGCGGAUGUGGAAGCGGCUUGUGUUCAACGAUUUGCAGGUCUACUGCGAUGACCCGACCCGCGUGCGGGCGAACGCCGCGCUAGGCCGCACCUGGCUCUCUCAGAUCGACGACUGGCAACAGUGGUACCACCGCAUGCGGCAGCGCGUGCGGGAUGGCAAUGUUGCCUUGUCUACUGUCCUUGGCCCUGUGUCAGGCACUGUGGAUGCCAAGGUGGUCUUUAAGUUGUGUGUGCGCCAGCUGCUCGAGACACCGUUUGCGGAUGUGGCGGUGAAGUUGCAGUACUUGAUGGUCAACCUCACCCGCCCACAGUACACGAAGUUGCUGCAGACCGCGAUGCUCUUCACCAACCAGGCCGAGGUGUCCCAACUGCAGAGGUCUCGGCCGCGUGUGCCGGUGCUGGGGCACGCGCGUGAGUGGUGGCAGUACGCGAUCUGCGCAGUACGCACCGUACUGCGGGAGCCGAAGCGGGAGAAGCUGCUCGCGCAGGUGUCUCAGGUGUGCAGGCCGGACUACCAGGUGCUCUACCGCGAUGUUGUGCGGCAGACAGAGAUGACGCCGGAGAAGAGGAAGGUCUACCGCUUCGUGACGCGGCUUAUGACCACGGAGGACAUGAAGGCGGGCCGCAAGUGCGUGUAUGCGCAGAUCGCGAGUGAGAUUCAGCUGAAGCGGAAGGAUAACGAGAUACGCAAGGCGGAGGAGAUGGCGAAGCAGCAUCUGACAAGCGUCGAGCAGCAGCAGCAGCGAAAUCCGAAGCGCUCCUGGUUCAGCUGGCUGAGCGAGCGUAGCACUGGGUCCUGCACACAUGCCACCGCUGCCCAGAGCGACACCGCAAAGGAAAUCGAGGCGGACGAGAAGCUGUUCAGGUCCAUCGAGCUUGAUUACGGGAUCAGCGCUGCAGAUGCCGCGGCCGAUCAUACCGCGGCCGCCGACCUCAGCGGCGUCGGCAGCGGCAACAGUCUGCCACCGUCGUAUUGCUGGCUGCACGCAAGCUUCGACCUCCCGCUCACGAGCUACUGCAUCGACACGGAGAAGGAGGAGUCUAUUACCCUCAAACUGUUUCAGCUGCGCGGCGGGGUCUCGUCGUAUAACAAGCCGAACUCGCUGCUUUUCUUCUUCAGCACCCAGAACAUCACCUUGGCGAAUCCCACCUCCUCGCCUGCGGCGCUCACCAGCAUCCGCUCCAAGGCCGCCGCAAGCUCGUCAAGCGGCUGUGACACUUUGGUGCCCUACCUCAUCGAAGGCGUGCAGGUCGAUCGCCAAGCUUGCAAAUCGAGCCCAAACGAGGUGCGCGUCGCCAUGCGGUCGCUCACGGGCGUGGAUAGCGGCAAGCAUUUAUCGCCCGACGCGCCCACGAUCUACGACGUGAUCAACGUGGACAGAAAAGGACGGCGCUUGUCCUCGCUGACGCCGGUGCCUCUGUUGGGCACUCGCGAUUCUAUCGGCAGCGGCAGCAGCGGCAGCGAGGAGGGCCAGCACAGAACACAGCGCGACUGCGCCACGCCGCUCUUCAGCAUCACGGGAUUCCUGAACCCGGUAGAGCAGCCGCUGCCCGACACGUCGGUGGACAUGGCCAUCAGAGUGCAGCUGCUCCCACUGCGCAUCGUGGCAGAUCUGCGCACCAUUGAGCAGCUGAUCCGCUUCUUUUCGCUGCCGGCUGGGAUGGACGUGUCGGGCUUUGCCGAGUCCACCAAGCAGGCGGCGUCUGCUGUCGGGUCGGCGGCGACGCAUGAGGUGCGCGCUGCCAUGGCCAAGGCCAAGGGGCUGUACGUGACGGUGGACGCAUCGGCACCGGUGCUCAUCCUGCCCAAGAGCCUUAGCGCAGAUGUCCAGGAGCCAGCCCUGUGCGUCUCCUUAGGUCGUGUGCUCUUCAAGGUGCGGCCCCUCUCUGAAACGGAGAAGAAGCGGCGACUGGAGGCCGCCGUUGCCAUCGCAAGCGGCAAGUCUGGCUCGUGUAGCAAGGCGCCGGCGCGGGUGGCCGCGGACGAUGAGCCCGGCAGCCUCACCAGCGCUGCUGCGGCCGAGGAGGCACUCUACUACUACCCGCACAAGGCGAGCUUCUCCAAGUUUUACCUUGAAUUGACAACACUAGAGAGGGCGAUGCGGCGGCCGCAGCAAGGCUUCUUCUUGGUGCCGGAGGUGUCGAUCGCGGCGGACGUGCUGCAGCGCAUCGAUGACUGCAAUACCGCUCGUGAGGCGGUGGUACUGCGGCUGAGGGUGCCGUCGCUGCGAGUGGCGUCUUCGGUGCACCAGAUCUACCUUGUCACCACCAUGAUGGAUGCCUGGCUCUCUAACCUACGAUCACCUGCGACUGCGUCCAGUCGCACGGGCUUACCGGGAGGUAACCGUAGUGGAGGCGGCCCUGGCGGCGCGGGCAUGGCGGCGCCGCCGCGGCUGAACAUGGAAUUGCUACGCAACAGGCCCGCUGCGUCAGAGUGCGGUGAAGUGCACCGCGGCGACGCGGCGGCAAGCACAGGGGAUCACGGCAGCGCGGACGCAGCAGCCAGGGGUUCCUCAGAGUUGGGGCACGGCUCUAGGGCAGUGUCACAGGCUCGUUCGUCUCCUGCCGAAGCAGGGAUGCCCAGCAGCAGCCCAAACAAAAUCGACGCCGCGCACGUGACUCCAGCAGGCAGCACUGACCUGCCCGCGAUGCGGCUGGAGCUUCUCGUCGAACGCCUAGGGCUCGACGUGCACGACGACGACCCAAGCACGCACGCUGUGUCGCCACUGCCCGCUUUCCAGGUGGAGUGCGGGAGCACCGAGCUCAUCCUGGCCGUGCGUAGCCUUCACAAGAAGAUGGUUCUCUGUCUGACGAAGCCGCACAUCGCUGCUGCUCGCGACACCGACUUUCCCAUUUUCUCUGUCGGCAGGGUGCGAGUGGACCUUCUCUUCUCGGAGGGCGAUGCCCCGACGGCCGUGGCGCUCAGCCUCGACUCUGCGCUGAACGUGUGCGUCGGUACACCGUGCGUCGAGCUACUGGAGACGGUUAUGGACAUGGUGAACCUCACUCUCUCCGCCAUGGAUAGCAGCUCCCGCGGCGUCAGUAACGGCGUGAACGCGAAGACUGCAGCGCUUUCGGCCGCCGCGACAGCGGAUCGUCCGGCGGACGGGGGUCUCUCCUACCUUGUGCCCGCCACCAGGGCCGCCUCCUCCGUGGCGUGUGACGGGGCCAGCACGAGUGACGAUCUGGCGCCGUCGUGCUCAAUCAGUGUCGCCAGCCGUGUUAGUGACCUCGCGUAUCAAAUCGACCUUGUGCAGCAGCAGUGCUCAAUCCCGAACCGGCACGUGGCAGACGUCUUUGUGCACAUUCCCGGGUCUAUCACCGUCACACUGCUGAACCGCACUCCCGGGAAAGACAAAGAUGUGCCGUUCGCGUCGGCCAGCAUGCGCGCGGUGGAGCUGCGGCUGUCCAAGUACACGGUCACGAUGGAUCUCUCGGGUCACGUCGGCGAGGUCGCAGCCAGCGUCCUGGCGUCAGUUGGCUUGGCAGAAGCCAACCGCACGCUGCUGGCCUAUCGGCCCCCCUCUGCGGACACGAAUGCUGGGGGCGGUGCUGCGGGGCCGUCAGAGUUGCCGUCGUCCGCAAAGUCGGCCGUCGUCGAUGUCGCAUCAGCGUCGCCAUCGACCGGUGGCAAAGCAGGAGAGGGCGACACUCACAGAAGCAGCUGCAGCCGCCCGCGCUCUACGAAGCGGCUUGACACGGAUGCGCCCGAUCAGAACGUGCACAUAAGCUUCAGCUUUCGCAAGAGUCGGCCGGUCAUGCCGGUCUUCGCCGAGGUGGAUGGAAAGCGGUCUCUGGUGAAUGCGCAGGAGCUGCGCUACUCUAGCGCGAUGGAGCUGCAUGUGGGGGCCAGCGCCAUCACCGUCGACCUCCACACCGUCAUGAUCUUCAAGACGUACUUCACGGCGGGGCUCUUUUCGCGCAUCAGCCGCUUGGCGGAACGCCCCGUGUACAAUGGCCGCACCCUGCCGCUAACUCGCGAGGGCCCGCGGCUGCUCAUGAGCAUGCGAGUGGUGGUUCGUGACACCCUCGUUGUCCUCCCCGUUGAUCCACGCGCCAGCGACAGCGCCAACCCUGCUGCCGUUGCCACAACCCAUUGCUUCUACGCGUCCCUUGGCAGCCUGGCCCUGCAGGACAGCCUCCGCGCAACAGAGGGGCAGGAGGCCAUGAUCGUCUCGCUCGGCGAGGUGGGCAUGUGGCGCGAGGAGCUGCGUGCUUUGCCUUUGCGGUCUUCACAGCCGCGUGAGAGCAGCAGACCUCUGAAUGCACCGCUGCCGGUCAGCAAGCGCUCCUCUCUUUUGCCCGCAGAGACGCACCUCGAGAUGGCUGUGCACACCGCGCUCGACCUUCAGUCGGAGGACCCGCCACGCAUCGACAUCCGCAGCGAGGACGUGUCGCUGGAGCUUCGAGAGACGGACUUGGUGCAGCUGGUCACUCUGCUGCGCCAGAACCUGACCCGCACAGACCCGGCCGAUAUCGCAGCCUAUGCGUUGGAGACUGCCGAGGUGCGCCAGAUGGUGCUGGGCAAGAGCGGCGAGCCUGUCGCGGCGCAGGGAGACAGCACGAGCGUCUUGCGUGGUGGGGCGUCGUCUGCGGGGGCAGCGGUGGGGGCGAUCCGCCGCAACGGCGGCGCUGGGGGCAACCGCAGUGGCGAUCUCUGUGUGUCGAUGCAGCUCGGCAAGAUAUCGAUGCUGCUUUCCGACGCAUGCGGAGAGGCGGCGGGCAACUGUAUCGCCGCGUCAUCGUCCCGCUUCCAGCUGCAAAGUACAGGCGUAUCGAUGUCGGUCGCACUGCCGUCCAACUGCGUGGGCGUGCGGUGGAAGAGUCUCGAGCUGGACGACGUUCGUGACAACAACCGCGCGGCGCUAGUGUGGUGUGAGGCGGGCUCGCUGCACUUCUCUGACUCGCUCACCACACACGGCAUUCUUAUGCGCGACUUCGGCGCCCGACGCACUGCCUUGCGCAGCGCCGACGCAGAGAUGGAGUCGAUGAUGGGCACCGUGGGCUGCAGCGAUGCGAAGGACAGCGGCGGGCACAGCAGCGGCAGCGUCGGCGCGUCGCCGUCCUUCUCCACGGGUGCCGCUGCUCGUGGCCUCCACAGGACUGCGCCUGCGCAGGCCACGAGCAGCAUCGAAGGCGACUCCGCGGCCAGCACGCAGCUUCUCACUCUGUCGGUGCUCUCCGCCGACUUCACUCUGCGCCGCUUCGCCGUCUCGGACCAGUGGCUGGCACUUUCCGAUCUCGUGUGCAACGAGGCGGUACUCUCGGCGUGGACGGCAUCGCAAACAGGAAUGACGGCUGCCAUCUGCGCAUCCCCGCCGGCCGGCUACGCGGGAGGCAACAGCGGAGGUGGUGGUGCAGCAUCGAAGAGCCGGACCGCCGCCACAGGCAGCCGCAGCGGCAUGCGCGUCAUCGUCACCACCCCUAGCGUCGUUAUCCCGUUCCUGAACUCGCGACGCGAGACGCUCAUCGAGGCGCACAUCGGCGCCCUCCUCGCGGAUGUGGUGCAGCUGCCAACCGUGAAGCAGGUCGCCGUGAAGGUGCGCGAGCUGAGCGUGGUGGACGCGCGCUCAGGCGAGAAGAUUCUCUGGAAGCGUUCCUCCUGCGGACGGCCGUCCUCUACCCGUGUCGCCGCCGGCAACGCCCUUGCGCCAGCCCCGGCGACCCAAAGUGACUGGGGGGACGAAUGGGAGGAGGCGGACCUGCCGUCCUCGCCGCUGAUCACGAGCGGCGGUGGCGCUGCGGCCGAGAGUGCAAGCAGCGCGCCCGAUGCUUGGGCCUCGGUCACCGCCGAUCCCGACCAGGCCGAGGUGCUCCAAUUCACGUUCAAGUCGGACCCGGUGGCGAACAUCAACAAGAUUCAGCUCGGAAUCGGCGAGCUACACGCGCUGGUAUCGAUGCCCAUCAUACAGGGGCUGGCCGACUACUUCGCCUCCCCGGCGGGGCCGGUGGCGAAGAUCGCAAGCCUUGGCGUGAUGCGGGAGCAGCGGGCCCGCAUGGCGGCGGCCGCCCAGCAGAUGGCUGACUCCUCUCUCCUUGUGCUGAACGUCCUGUGGCAGCAGCCACGCAUCAUCCUCGCUGGCGACGCGAUGCAGCUGCGACGGCGGUCUGGAAAUCUGGAGAUGCGGCUCGGCGUCAUGCGGGCGGCGGUGCGAAUGAACUCCAGCGCUGCGUCGCUGUCGGUGGUGGUGAAGGUGCAGGAAUACAGCAUUCCCUCGUUGCUGAAACGGUCCGCGCUGCGCUUCGCGUACGAGGCGAACUGCGGGGUGGAGACGAUCGACCUGCAGAUGAAGCGGACAACGGCGCUCUUCCACCCCGCGGAGGUAGAGCGACUCGUGCGCCUCGCGCACCGUAAUGUACUCAUGCCGCGCGACGUGAACUACUACGGCGCAUACGAGAAGGCGAUGGCGCAGCAGAGCGGCAACCUUGCCACACCCGCUGCCGCACCGAUGCCGACUUCGGCACAGCAUCAGUCGGCCACAUGCACAUCGCAUGCGCCUCCGGCGGAGGGCAAGAAACCUGCCAACUUAGCCUCGUCGCCACCAACCCCCUCGCGGACUGUUAAGGUGCACAUCGACGGCUUGCUGGUCGCUGUUCACGACAUCGCUGGAGUCAACACUCACACACUCACGCUCGCGGCGCUGGACACCACCGUCUUGCCGAACGGCAGCGUUGCGCUUACUGUUCCGUCGCUCGGCAUGCUCGACCAGUCGACGGGCCGCUGCAUGCUGCAGAGCGAAACGGUGGCUUCUUCAGCAGGCUCCGGCGCAGGCAGUCGAACUGCGCACGCGGCGGCAUCAGCAGCGGCGCCUGCGGGGAGCGGCAGCGAUGGCAAGGUGAGCACCGACGCUGCCGCCACCCCGGCAGAGGCAGCGCUGCGUAUCGCCUUCCAUCCUGCUAACAGAACGUCCGACGUCCAGCUCGGUGCGGUGCUUGUGACGUUUAUUCCACAAAGCAUCGGCACGCUUGUGAACGCGCUCCUCUCGGUGCACAUCCCCAGCCCUGACGAGCCGGACACCGGCGCCUCUUCCGCUGCCCAGCCGAUCUCUGCCAACGCGGUUGCACCAAGGUGCGGCAAAGGCGGCGAGAGGGCGACAGGCAGCACCGUCGCAGCCUCCACCGCUGCAGCCGUGACGCAUACCUCGGCUAUGCCGUUCACCUUCAAGGCCACACUGGUCGAGUGCCGUGUCCGUUUCUGCCAGGGCGACCGCGAGGUGGCCGUGCUGCAUCUCGCACGCAUUGCGUGCUGCUCGAACUCGUACCCUAACGGCGCUAAUGAACUCACCGCGACGCUGGGCAAUCUCUUCAUGGUGGACAGGAUCAGCGUGAACACGAACUACCGCACCGUUAUAUACCCGUAUGAGGACACCGAGGCCGGCGACGCGCCGGGCCCAGACGCGAAUCCGACAGGUAGCGCCGGCGCUGCGGUGCGCAGUCUGGUGGCACCGGUGGAUGCGCUGGUGACUUACGAGGUGAAGACAAGUGCGCCGCCCGCCACCAAGCUCACAGCGAAGUCAGGAGGUGCCAACGCCGCUGAGUCGACAGUGCCGACGUACACGCGCCACAUGAAGUGCCGCGUGGGCAGUCUCUUCUUCGUUCUGGUGCCUGAUGUGGUGCGCGCCGUUCUGGGCGUCGUGCGCGAGGCACAGGCACACAUCUCCGACGGUAAUCGUCAUAAAGCCUACACCUACGUCUCGGACCGCACCGCGGAGUCGAUGCGGCGCAGAAGCGAGUCAGAGCAGCUGAUGGAGAUCGAUGUACUAGUGCGCCGACCGCAGGCGUUUAUGAUCGACAAGCCCACUGCCACCAUGGGUGUGCUGCUCUCGCCCGGCAGCCUGACCGUGAGGAGCCAGCUGGUGCUUCCUGGUGACACCACCGCCGGGGAGAAAGCGGACGCGACGGCUGCCGCCGCCCCCUCUGCGACGCCGCCACAACUCACGGAGCCGGAGGCGAUGCCACAUGAGGUGUUUGUUGUGCAGGUGCGCGCGAUGGGGAUGCUGCUGCGGGGCGCCAGCUGCUUUCAGAAAGACUGCAACAUAUUUGUGCAGUUUCAGCGCGCGCUGCCGGCUCUGAUGGACUCCUCCACAGCAGCGGCGGUGGCUGUGGCCACGUCGACCGGUGCCGCCAAAGUGGAGGAGGGGCAGACGGCGAAAGGGGGCACAGGGGACGGAAGCGACAGAGCGGCCGUACAGCUGCAAUCGAUGCUGAAGGUGGAUGUGCCGAUACUCUCCAUGAUGCUCACCCACGAGCAGACGGACUUUGCUAUGAUUGUUCUUGGAGCGUUGCUAAACGGGACGGAGAUCGAUCGUACCCCUGCGACGACGACGAGCGCCCCAGACGACGGACGUUCCAGCGCGCGCAACGCGGUGGCGUCCUCGCCGUCAGAAGAGAAGACUGGUGGGCAGAACCGCGGUGGCGGCUCUGCGCCGGGAUUACAUAUACCGCAGCCGCCAUCGAGCUUGAGCCGCACCACUGCCGGCGGUGCGGGGUCUCAGACGACAGCUGCGUCAGGGGCCAGACCAGGCCCGCAAAGAGGCAGCACGACGGCUGGGGCUUCCUCGUCGGCCGUAGCCAGACCGCCGUCUCUGGCAGCGCAGUCCGUGCCACAUUUCUACACGCCUACGGAGGGGUCCCCGAUUACGUCCUUCACCCUCAUCGUCCACGUCGGUUUCCUGCAAGCCGAGGUGGCCGAUCUGUUCCGCCUGCGCGUCGAGGAGGCGCGAGUGCUCAGCACCGGUGUGACCACCACCGGCAAGAUGACGGAUGUCCGGGUCGACUCCAUCUAUGUGCAGCACAUCGGUGCCGAGGUGGAGGCGCCACAGCCGGUGGAUGCAGGGCUGUCGCCGUCGUCGCAGCUCGGCAACGAGCCACGAGUUGGCGCCCCUCGCACCGCGCGCAUUCAAGAGCUGGUUGACGUCCUCACCGUGAGGAAGCUGCACAUGCUCUCUGUGCAGCCGCAGCCCGUCAUCGAUGUGGACGCUGGCUCCAGCAUGGUCGAGAACACCAUUAGUGUCUCCGCUGGUGUCUUCAACGUGGCCAUCUCGCCGACGAUUCUCUUCGACACACGCGAGGUGCUCUACCUACCCUUCUGCUACAAGGUGCUGCGCGUGCCCAUUGAUCCAAUUCCGAUCCUCAGCCUCAUGGAUGAGACAACCACGCUGCAGGAGGAUGUGGUGCUGGAUAACAAGCAUGUGCUGCUGACAGCGAGCCGCACGCGGUGCUGCUACGUGCUCGACCUCAAUAAUCACAAGCUGGUGUUCACUGAUGCCCCGUCUGGCCAGAUUGUCUUGUGCGAGGGUUGCGAGCUGACCAUCACCAACGGCACCGUUCAUAUCCCGGGCAUGUACACAAUCGGCUCGUACGUGAGUUUUGCGCCGUCGACGGCGCUCUUCACAACCGACAGUGUGUGCUUUAAGAAGGAGUUCUUGAACCUGUCGAACACGGCUUUCUACCACCCUUUCCUGUCUCGACCAAUGGGAUCGCCUGGCGGUGGCGUGGCGCGGCGCGGUAGCCCGGGUAGUCCGCUGUCACCUGUAAGCGCGCGCGCCUCCAGCACCGCGGGACUGACAGCGAUCUCAUCGAUGGACACCCUGGUAAAGUCAGCGGCGCCACGUGUGCCGCACAGCACUGCCAUCGAGCUGCACGACCGCACCGUUCGACUGCUGGCCACUUUCUACUGCGACACGAUGGAGGUGCAGAUGCUCUCGGAGGAGGUGGUGGAUCUCUCCGUAGCACUGUGCAUGCAGUGCCGCAUUAAAUUUUCACAGGACAACGAAAACGAGCAGCCGGUGCGGCGGACCGUGUCGAUGCAGCUGCUCAACGUCCGCUCGGCCGAGGAGGAAGAGCACAUUUUGUUGCCGACGGACAUGGUGGUGAACGUGAGCGGGGUGGAAAAUGUGAGCGUGUCGGUAGUGCUGGACUCGAUCGAGUUCUGCACUCGCGCGACGCUGUUGCGGUCGCUUGUGGAGCUUGGCAAAGAUUUCGGCGCCGCCUUCAUCGAGGAGACGACUGUCUCGCGUGUGACGCCGCGCAUCGAGUACGAGACCGAGUCGCUUGACCCGCUGGUGCCGGUGCUGGAGGCUGGCGAGUGCCAGCACUGCGGCCAACGCGAUGCCUACCUGGCGCCGGCAGCGAACAGGCCCGGCAUCUUGUGCUACAAGUGCUGCACCGGCCACGAUCACGUCCCGGCGAUGAACUUCUGGGUCGAGGUGCCGCUGAUCGACGGCAUUGUCUUCGGGUCAAGGAGCGACAUGGCCCAUGUGUUUAUGCGGAACGUGCUGCUCUCCGUCGACCCCUCCAUGGACCUGCAACUCACGCUGCGCGCAUCGCUGUACGGUUUCAGCAACACCGCGGCGGUCUGGGAGCCUUUGAUUGAGCACUUCGACGCCAACAUCUCUGGAAGCGUCAAGGCGCACGACUACACGGUGCGCACGGAUCGGUUCGACUACGUGGUGUCACCGCAGAACAUCCGCCUGCUGAGCGGGAUGGCGGCCGACUACGGCGCCGCCACGGCGCUGCAGAAACAGCUGCGCAAGCGAUUCCGUGGGCAGAAGCAGCUGCGCACGCAGCAGACGGCGCCGAGCCAGGGCAUGCCCAUGUACGUUGACGCUGCUUUCCUCGACGAGGAGGCGUGGCUGCAGCAACAGGAAGGGCGAGAGAGCGGCUUUCAGGACGCGAACACGGCAGCGGCGCUGAGUCCUUUCGGCUCACUAGGUGAUGCUGCGGACUUGCCAGCGGAAUUCAGUGGCGCGACGGCGGGCAUGGUGAACAUGUCCAUCUUUGACGCCCUCUCGGCAGCGAACCGGCGCCUGAUCGGCGCCGCUGCGGCUCGGCAGCCGAAGCGCGUGUAUGCGCAUGUGUACGUGACGAACAACUGCGGCGUUAUACUCUCAGUUGGCGACCGUCGCGUCACGCCCCGCGGUGGCACGCUGCGCUUCGCGGCCAGUGAGCCAUCGGUGACGAUCCGCCGCGAGGCAAAGCCAGACGAGCCGCAGUACGAGGGUUACGUCACCAGCCUCUCCAACCCGCCCCUGUACGUGCAAACCACGGACAUGGUACUAGAGACGAGGGUGGUGCUGAGCCAGGAAGAGGGUGCACGCCACCUGCGUCGCACCGUUACAGUAGUCGUCUAUCCACUGCACGUCUCGCGCACGAUCAUCUGUUUCGAGAACCGGCUGAGCUGUUCGUUGGCGUCUACGCCCAACAACCCACCGAUGCGGCCGGGGGAGCGCUUCUACGUGGCACCAACGGUCGACCUCAACACCUCUAUCUUGGUGCAGCCCGUGAACACACCGGACCGGGCCGAGUACGAAGCUGGCAAGCCCGUGACAGAGGCGCUGGGCGGCCGCGUCUCGCGCGGUCCGUCAAAGAUGCCCACGCUGCAAGAGGUGCUCUGCGGCGCGCCUCUCAUUGUGUGCUGCACGGCCAAGGCAGACGCUACCAAGUCCAUGACGCUUGCCGUCUACGCGCGGCAGGAGGAAAUGCGGGGCGGGGUGCCGACCUUUGUUGUCCAUAUCGAGUCGCGCUUCCGCCUGCGCAACAAGUUACCGUACCGGCUCAUCGUGAAUGUCAUCCCAGACGCUGACGGGUUGCUGGCGAAGGGAAAGAUGACGUCGCGGCCGGUGCAGCCACUCGCGAGUACCGUGCUGGAGGUGCGCCAGAGCACGGACCUGGGGCUGAACGGCUACACCUUGAACCAGGUCGCGUUCAUGCUAGAGGUGCGGCAGCGCGGCCGUCGCACCGCGGCCGCCGACGCGGCUGCUCUCUCUGCGCCAUCAUCGCACAAGGGGCAGCAGGAAGAGGCGGAGGAAGAGGAGGUCUUCUCCACGCUGAUGCCCGUCGCCGUGUCGCCGGGCAAGCCGCUCGUCAUUCUGCGCUCGCAGUACCGUCGUCAGCUUGUUAUUCGAGCAUCUCUUGUCACCAAUAACUGCUCCAUCAUGUUCUCCACGCCGUAUGUCCUACUGAACCACUCGCCGAUCCCGCUGACGCUGCGGGAGUGCACGCGGAGCGGGGAGAACCGGCUGUACGAAGCCGAACCCAACUACAGCGUCCUGAGCGCCGAGAUGAACGCGAGCAUCGCUGCCUGCCCGAUGGACAUCCGCAAGAGCGAGGACUUUUUUGUGAACCUCUACCAUAAGGAGUACCGCGGCGCCUGCGUCCCCCUGCACGCACAGCAGCGCGGUGUGGUCAUCAUGCAGCACUGCAGCGCCAAGGCGGGUGGCAAACAAAAGCUGCCCGCGGCCGCCAGCAGUAGCAGCAAGAAGAAGGGCACGGCGCCGUCUGCGCAUACACCCGGCCCGACGGUGAUUCACCUUGCCUACUCUUCCCAGGUAGACCCGAAUGGGUCGGUGCUGGUCACCAUCACACCGCGGUGGGUGCUUGUGAACCGCAGCCACCUGCACUUGUACGCCGCCCCGUCUACGUACAGUGGCAUCACGGCGAGAGAGGCGGCGGCGGUCACGGAGGUCAUGGCGGCGGCCCAGCAGAAGCACUCUAAGGCAGGGGGCGGCGAUGCGCCGCUGCCGACGGGGACGCCGAUGCCGCAGCAAGACAUGGACGCCAUGAAGCAUGCUUUGCAGGAAAUGGUGACGGAGGACGGAAUCGUUUUCCUCUCUGACGCCCCAACACAGGUGAUGGCGCUGCCGCCGCAUAGCGCUACCCCACUUCUCGAGACCCCCUUGUGCGGGCCUGAGAUCGGCUACAAUCUUCACAUCUUGCAGAGCCCGCUUGCCCCGCUCUACGGCACUCCGAUAGGGAUUGAGAGCAUUCACAACGAGCUCAUCAUAGCGUACAAGCCGCUUGCAGACACCGGCGACCGCGCAGCCGAUGUGGAUGUCCGUGGCGCCAGCGGCAUCGGUGACAGCUGUGGUCCCCUGCCGCAGCGCGACCGCUUCCUCGAAGUGUCGAUUACGGCGCGGGGCUCCUACACGUACGUCGUGCUAGAGCCGCCGGUGCACGCGCCGUACCUGCUGCUCAACCGUACCAACUACACUAUCAACGCGCGGGACACCGCGGUGAAGAGCAAGGGCCGGCUCAUGGCGCACGCUACCCCUGGCCACGGCACAGAGCUGUUACUCGACAACACUGUUACAACGCUGAUCCAGCUGGAGCUCCUCAGCUCCGACGGCCAUCGCCAGCUGCACAAGGUGUCCUUCGACGUUGGUCGUUCUAUGACACCGCAAGAGAUGAACACUGCCUCCGCGUCGGCUGCGGGCGUGCUCUACACACUCAGCUUUGGUGGCAACGGCCAGCAGAUCAUCGAGGUCACGCCGGCCAAGGCGGCCCUGCCCAUCGCCUACGUAGGCGUCGCGGCGCCGCCCAUACCGAUCAACGUACUGCUCAACAUGGCCGUCAUGACGCUGUCGGUGGUGAUGCCGAGCAUGGAUGUCUUGUUUUGCGCUGUCACGGACGUACGCUUCAGCUGGAACCGUCAAAAGGACCGCGAGAUGACGAAGUUCAGCAUCGAGAACUUUCAGGUGGACAACCAGACGGAGGUGUCACCGCGGUACGACUCGUGCUUCCUGUCGCUGCGCACGUCCAAGUCCACGGCGGCCGCCUCCGGCUACCUGGAGCGCAUCCUGGUGCCCGCCAAGGGUCUCAUCUGCCUAGAGGAGGUGCGGCUCGACGUGGUACCGCUGGCACUGCGCGUGUCCGACACGCUUCUUGUGGCGAUCGCGGGCUUUGUGCGGGCGGUGCGCAACGGCGAGGAUGCGCCGCACUCGAUGCAGUCAAACCAGAGUAUUGUGGCCGGCAGCGUGACCACGGUUGCCGUGCAGGAGGCCGCCGCCGCCGCCUACGAGCGCUGCCCGACACCGGCAACACUGUUUCGGAAGGCGCCCGUGCAGAUCGACAUCUGGGCCUCGCGGCUUACGCUGGAGCGCUUCAUUGUGAACCCUAUCGUUGUCCGUGUCUGGCUGACCCGUGACGUGGAUGAGCACGACUUCUUUCGGGAGAACAUCAACUCGAAGGAUGCGGCGCUACUGUCCAUGAUGCUGCAGUCGUGCGAGGAUGUCACGGUGGCGGCGCCGGGCAUUGUCACGGCGAAGCAGAGCAGCCGACUCGGCAUUUUCGCUCAGUGGGUGGGCAAGACCUACACGGACAGGCUGCUUGCCCAGCUGAAGGGACUCCUGCUGCAGUACGCGUCGUCGCUGCCGAUGAUUGGCGCGCCGCUGAAGCUCGCCUCCGGGUUCGGCAACGGCGCCGUUCGCCUCUUCCGUGAGCCGAUCGAGGGCCUCUCGACGUCGCCGUCGGCCUUCGCGACAGGGCUGGCGCGCGGCUCUGCCGGCUUUGCGCAGGAGUUUGCCGGCGGUGGCCUCGGCGCCGUCUCGAACAUCACCGCCUCGUGGGCGCGGCUGCUCAGCAUGGGCGGCGGUGUCUCAGAGCGAGAGCGGCGCAAGCAGAGCGUCUUCACGGGAUUCGCAAGCGGCAUCAAGGGAGUGGUUCAGCGUCCGAUGGAGGGCGCGGCGGAGUCGGGUGCUGCCGGGCUCGUCAAGGGCACGGCGCAAGGCUUGGUUGGCGUGCUGGCAAACCCGAUGUCGGGGCUGCUCUCGGAUAUGUCUCGGGCAACGGGCACCUUGGCGAAGCUCGUCACGGACACCUACAUUCCGAAGACGCGGCGGUUGAGGCCGAUCCGCGACUUCCACGCCAACGGCGGCGUCGCCCCCUGGCGGUCUCUGGCGUCGGUCUACCAGUAUCAGCGCAUCCAGGUCAGCACUGGCACCUGGUCAGGCGAUCAUCUCAUCUCCAGCGUCGACGGCCCAGAGUGGUACCCGUCGCAGCGCGAGAACGCCACGUACGGCAAGAACAAGACACCCAUCCCGGAGGACCGCUGGACGCUGGACCGCUACAACACCAACUUCAUGGGGUGGACGUACAGCACCAAGUACUACGGCAUCUACACGGGCCGGCUGACAGACGAGGUGCGGGUGCGGCGUAUGCGGUGGACGGCGCUGAUCCGGCCGCUGCCGUACUCGCGCGUUGCUUUCUACCUACGCGUGUGCCCUGGCAUGGAGACGCAGCAACGCCGCACGCCAUCGUCCGUCUUCACAAGGACCAUCACGAUGCCGCAGGAGAGCACGAUCGGGUUUACGUCGCCUGGUAUGCUGCAGGCGACGACGGUGGAGCAGUUACAGGCGCGCAAGAGUCGGGCGCGUGGCCCGCGAUCCUCCAGCCACAUGCGGAGCAGCAGCGGCAGUAAGGUUGGCGUCACUUGGCCUUGGGAGAGGUCGUCCUCGAAGUCGCAGCGCGCCAACUCCGAGUUCUUCGCUGAAGAGGAGUACAUGGAGAAGGCGCAGACAAUUCACGACCUCUUGCGCAGCUGGACGGCGGUGGGCCGAAACGUUGGCGUGAAGGGCUCUAUCCUGCGCAGUCACUCUGGCAUGCUCGACGACGACGAGGCCGACGAGAGGCUGCCCGACGCGGGCCAGUCGAGCACCGGCGUGAGCGAGUCACCUGCCAUUGGCGCUGGCGGGAGCGCUUCGGGGAGCGCGGCCGCCGUGGCUGGCCGCAGCACGAGCGCGUCACGCGACAAGCAAAUGAAGAUGUCGAGGCACUCGCGCAGCAACUCGGAGCUCGAGGCGCUUGCGUCGCCGAGGAUGCCGAACAGCAGCCACCAGUGCACAGGGGACGCCGACAAGCGCCGCUCUCACAGCCUGAGCAAGCGGGACAGGAGGUCCGAGUCUGUCGCCGCAGCAUCGGCUGAGGAGUCGGCGAGUUCCAUGGUGCCGGCCCCCAACCUCUACGUCCGCAGCGCCAGUGGAAAGAAGCUGCCGGUAGACACGGUCAGCACCGUGGCUCCGGUUCCUGGUGCGUCGUCGACCCCGUUGCCGCGCACGGCAAGUAACGCGAGCGCGCCACCGCCGAGCACGGUUGUCGAGGUGUACGAGUACGAGAAGAAGGUGUCGUUGCUGGGGUGGGGGAAGCGGUACCUACCCUCCGACUGCCCCGCGUGGCAGGAUGUGCACGGCCAUGAGGUGCCGAGCCGGCAUGAGAUACGCGCGCCGGCGGGGUGGAUCUGGACGACCGAAUGGACCGUCAGCGGUGGCGACCGCGACGGCUGGACGAUUGUGAGCAAGGGGGAGCGCAAUCUGCGGCGUCGCAUGUGGCAGAGGCGUCUGCUGAAGCAGGUUACUUCGCCGCCGCCACACAAGUAA